UUUAUUAGGCUCUUUCAGUUGGGCAACAAUAUAAAUAAUAGAGUUUGGGCAUACAUUGCCCUCCUCCCAGAAUCUUCUUUUCUCAUUCUUCUCUGCUCUUAUCUAUCAAUCAUUCAUCUCAGCAAGAUCCAGUUUCCUUCCUUACACAACAAACCCAAUUUUUCCCUUUUUAAAUCUCGAAAGAAGAAAAAAUGAACGCUGCACUAUACUACACUGGAUGUGAAGAAAACUACCAACCCCAUUUUCUUGAUACCUGUUCUCUUUGCCAGAGAACCUUAGCUCACAACCAUGACAUCUUCAUGUACAGAGGGGAUACACCAUUUUGUAGCCAAGAAUGCAGACAAGAACAGAUAGAAAUGGAUGAAGCUAAUGAAAGAAAAUGGAAAAUUGCUGCAGCAAAGAGAUCUUCAAGAACAAAAACAGAGACUCCAACAACUAAAGAAACUGAUGCAAAUAAAGCUGUACGAAAUGGCACGGUUGCAGUCGCUUGAUUUGUUCACUAAUCAUGACAUAAUCAAUGAAUCUUGAUGAUGAUCAACGAAGCUAUAAGCCGAAAUAAUAACAAUAAAAAGACAGAAAAUCGGCUUCUGAUUUAGGAUAUCAAGUAAAAUAAGGAGUACAGAAAUCUUAUGUAUAGAUAUGAUCGGAAUCACAAAGAGAGUGAAUCCAUCAAACAAUUUUGUUGAAUUAUUUUUUUUCGGUUUUUAAUUUACGUUUUGUCAAAUAUUGUGGAGUGUCUGUAAAAAUGGGCGUCCAUAUAUGGAAUUUGAGAUCUCUAGCUUUUUGUAAUC